CAUCCAUUAAAAGCCAAGGUGUUAUUAUGGGCAGACGUAAGCUACAGAGACAUGGAAGAAAUUGACAAAAUUGAGUCUGACGCCACACCAGAGCUGGAAAGGAUCCUCUGUCGUGCUCUGGGUGUCGAGGCUGCUGAACCCAGAAGAGGGAUUCUGGUCGACUUGUAUUUGAACAUCCUGUUGUUCUGCAGAGAGAUGAAAUACAACAAAGAGCAGACAUCUGUUCUCCUCUCCAUCGUCAAGAAUGUACAUCAGACCAACGCUGAAACGUCCUUUAACAACAUGGAUGACUGUUGGACUUACCUGACACAUCUCCUGCUAUGUCACUCAGUCACAAGACCACCUUUUAGCAUCAGCCUCUUCAGCUCAGAACAAGUCACCCAGUUUACAAAGUAUUUCAUCAACACUUACAUGCGACACUACGUCCUGUACAAGUACAUAUUUACACCUCAGGUCUGCCUAGACCUGUCUCUGUCCUACUGCGGGCUCCCACAGCACACGGCUCCUGACCAGGAGGCCUUUUCUGAAUGUGUGUCAGAUGGACUGCGUGGGCCAGAAAGAGAGUCCACAGAAGCAGAUACAAGUUAUACUGACCCAUCAGAAAUAGUUUCAACAUGUUUAGAAAAAAUUAUCUUAUCUCCCUCAGCACGUCCGUCCUCUAAGGCAGAGCUGAGGACAAUAGUUCAACAGGAAGUGAAAGAGGAAGUGAUGCGUUUGACUGCCCAGCUCCAACAGCGUUUGCAGGAAAGUGCAGAACAGCUGAACAGCGCGCUGGUGUCACUGGAGACGAAUCUCAAAAGUAAAAAGUGA